AUGCAGAUCUUCGUCAAGACCCUGACGGGCAAGACUAUCACCCUUGAGGUGGAGUCGUCCGACACCAUCGACAAUGUCAAGUCCAAGAUCCAGGACAAGGAGGGCAUCCCCCCCGACCAGCAGCGCCUGAUCUUCGCCGGAAAGCAGCUCGAGGACGGCCGCACCCUCUCCGACUACAACAUCCAGAAGGAGUCCACCCUCCACCUGGUCCUGCGCCUGCGUGGUGGUAUGGCCAAGAAGCGCAAGAAGAAGGUCUACACCACCCCCAAGAAGAUCAAGCACAAGCGCAAGAAGACCAAGUUGGCUGUCCUCAAGUACUACAAGGUCGACUCUGACGGCAAGAUCGAGCGCCUCCGCCGCGAGUGCCCCUCCGACACCUGCGGUGCCGGUGUUUUCAUGGCCGCCAUGAACGACCGACAGUACUGCGGCCGCUGCCACCUCACCUACGUCUUCGACAAGAAGGAGUAA